UUAUAUAUAUAUGACGCGCGACGCGAGAAAACCGGUCUUAAUGACACGACAAUAAAUGUGCACUACAGCGAUUUAAAUGACGUCACUCUUGUUGCGUAUUACACAUGUAAAUACGGAAAUACUGUUUAUCGUGUGCUAUUGAUAUUUUUUAAAAGUGUAUUGACUUUGGAAUUCAGAGGAAACAUUUAAAGAUGGAGGAGGAAUUAGAAGAUCUUGAAUCCCUUUACUCGGAUCAUUUUGGAAGGACUCCUAACAACUCUCAAACCACAGAAUUUUCGGGAGAUAAUAGUGACUCAGAUUAUUCUGAUGAAGGAGAAUGCGAGAAUGACGAGGCCGAACUCGUAUCUACAAGAGCAAGAGACUUCACCACCGCGAACAGUCAGUCUGAUCAUGAUGGAACGGAUAGUAAUAGUAGUGAGGAGGAAAUUUGUGAAACAUGUGAUGAUACACAGACAGUAAGACAAUUUAUUAUAAAAGGUUGUGGUUGUCGUCUUAAUUGUCAUACAAAGUUUAAAUUUGACGACAUACUGAGUCAUAUUCUUUCUAUCAGGGAAAUGACAAAGGAUGAGAAAGAACUGUGUAUCAUGUCGUUAGUGGCUGAGGGAAACGACGAGAAAACUAAACGUGGCAAAAAAAGGCAGCGUUCAAGGAAGACAUUUCGGGUAUCAGGAAAAACGGUUUGCAAAGGAACAUUCAUGUUAUGUUAUGACAUUACGAAAUAUGCAUUAGGAGCCAUUGUUAAACAUGUCAGUCAUCACGGCGUAACUCCAAGGCAGCAUGGCAACGCAGGUAAAAAACCAAAGCAUUCUAUUACGUAUGAUGAUGUCAUACGCGUUGUUUAUUUCAUCCGAAAUUAUGCAGAAGAAAGAGGUCUCCCUCAACCUGCAGCCCCUCGUUGCCUAGACAACAUCCCACCAGUGUAUCUGACGUCUGACACAACCAAAAAAGACAUGCAUCAGCUGUACAAACAGUCUUGUUCAGAUCCCCGUGUACGCGCUUUAGAGCUCACGUCAUUCAAAGACAUCUGGCGGACAUGUUUACCGCAUAUACGUAUAGCUAGCCCUAAAGAUGAUGUAUGUGCCACUUGUGAGAAGCUGCGCAGACAAAUAUCAGGUACAGUGACUGAGGAUGUGACACUAGAAACAACGACGGCACUGCGGGACCACGUACUUCUUGCACAAAAGGAACGUGAUCUAUAUAAUGAGUGCAUACGGCGUAGUGUUGACACACGUGACUCGGAGGAAAAGUUUGUCCAUCUUACAUUUGACUUUAGUCAGAACGUCAGUUUGCCUCAUUUUUCUCGCCAGAUGGGUCCAUUAUACUUUCUAACCCUACGUAAAAUACAAAUAUUCGGAGUAAGACUGGAUGGCAUGCCUCACCAACUCAACUUCCUGAUUGACGAAGAUCAAACCAUAGGUCCAGAUGGUAAAGGGACACACGGACCUGACGCUGUGCUGUCGAUGGUAGACUGGACAUUGCAGAAUCACGCUAAUCAGACUCCUGCCUUGUCGAUACACUCGGAUAAUUGCCCAGGGCAAAAUAAAAACCGUUACACUAUUGGAUAUUUUAUGUGGCGCGUUAUGACAGGACAGAAUGAAAAGAUCGAGUAUCAUAUGCAAGUACCAGGACAUGCGAGGUGUUUAGUUGAUGCGGGAUUUGCACAUCUAAAAAUUAAAUUCCGGAGGCAUGAUGUAGAAACUCUUCAACAGCUGGCCGAUGUAACAGAGAAAUCAUCUACAACCAACAGUGCUGUAUGUUACCCUCAGUGGUCAUGGCGGCAAUGGAAACCCUUUCUAGAGAGAUUUUUCAAACCAAUUAUUGGUAUAAGAAAAUUCCAGCAUUUCCGGUUCCAGUCGGACACACCGGGAGUGGUAAUGGCGAGAAAAACACCUGAAGGCGAGGAACAUUUGAUCCAAGUCUUGAAAGAACCCGGAUUCCGGUUCAGUUCAUGUGCCCGUCCAAGGGUUAUUACGCCCGGGGGAAUGACAUCAGAGCGUAAGAGAUAUUUGUCGCGAAGUGUGCGAGCGUUUGUCAGUCAAGACAGUCAGUCAUAUUAUCAGUGAUUAAGGGGCACU